ACCUCACAUCAUUGUCUACCACCCCGAAGUCUCUACCCUUUAGCUCCCAUCCCAUCAUCGCAACCAGUAUCUUCAAGCACCAUCAAUCGCAUCGCCCGCUGGCUUUAUCGACUCGCUCCAUCGUCCCGCUACUCCAGUCGUCAUCGAUACUCGCCCGUGGCUUGGUGUCUUUUGCUUGCGGCCCGAUUCCACUGUCAGCACCCGACGGUUCGCCCGAGAGCAAACCCACGCCAGCUGGCAGACGGCGAGACGCCGCUUCUCGGCCGUCGACACUAUCAGGAGACGACAAGAUUGGCGACGAGCUCCUAAGAAGUUAUAUCAGCCGCUUCACAUCCUACCCGCGCAGCAUCGCUGCGGCCCACCUGCGCCCAAGAUGGCCACGCCCGCCGUCGGCUCCGUGACGCCGCCGCCGCCCUCGUCACGCGUCCAGACGCCUCCCGCGCCCCGACACGGUUUUCAGGACAGCUGGGAGCCCUAUUCACCGCGCAAGUCGGCGCGGAUUUCUUCCCAGCGCACCGCCAACCGAACACCUUCCCCGCACACAACUCACUCCCGCCAGCAGCCUUCAUCACCGCGCACCGCCAAGAGGAGCGUCAAUACUCGCAGCACCGACGCCGCCAUGGUCUCGCCUGUGCCGUCACCGCGCAAGAAGCCUCAUCCAGCCGUCGAAUCGUCGCGCCGCGUGUCGGGAACGCUGACGGCCGAGAGCACCGCCAACGCGGCCGCCGCACUGGGUCUGAGCCACGCAAAGGAAGCAUCACGGGCGCCGACCACGUCCAUCUCCCGCGCCACUGGCAUGCUGCCCACCCCGUCCAAGACUCCACAGAAGCCUCCCAACGACAAGAAGGCCGCACAAAUCCAGACCUUCGCCCGCAACCUCUUCACUGCGGACGAGGAGCCCAUGCCCAGCCCCCGCAAACGCCGAGCUAAGCGGUACACGGGCGUCACAAUGGAGAGUUUCACGGCCGAGGACGCCGAAGACCCCAUCCAGAUUUUUACCGACUCCCAAGACCGUGUCCCACAAAAGGACAACAGCGCGGAGAAUCCCUUUUAUGGCGCGGAGACGGUCCCCGCUGAGCCUCCCAAGCGCAAGAGCAAGCGCAGGAUGGUCCAAAUUCCGGGCGAGGGCGCUCAGUCUGUUGACGAGGCCUCUCAGCGCGAGGACGGAAUGAUUUACGUAUUCCGUGGCAAGAAGUUUUUCCGCAAGUUUGCCGAGAACGAAUCCGCAGAGACAGAGGAGGAGGAUGGCAUUGCAUCCGGAGCCGACGUCGAGCUCGAGCUCACGCGCCCCCUCACUCGCUCUUCCGUCAAGCCUCGCCUGUUGUUCCCGUCCAAGAAGUCGGACGAGAACGACGUUGAGGACGAAGAGGCCGUGACGGAUGUCGAGGACAUGCUUAUGUCGGACGAAGCGGCGGCGCCCCAGACGCCCCAGAAGUCGAGCGAAGUCCCCGCCAAGACCCCGGAGGCGCCCAAGUACGCGCCCGUCUCACCACCUGACACCCGACGGACGACGCGCUCGACGAACAAGCUGUCUCCCGAGACGCCGAUGAAGAAGAAGUCUGGGCGGAGGAGCCCAUUCGACGCCUGGCCGCGCACCAAGGAGGCGGCGUCUUCGUCGUCAGCCCCGAAGCGACAGGGCGAGAGCCUGGCAGGGGCAGCUACGAAGCGGACGCGCGCUUAGGACGUGCUCGGGACGGAGGUGGAUGUUGUCUGGCUGUGAGUGCUUGGCGGUACGGUAUUAUUACUUUCAUAAUGGUCUCAUGGACGGAGCUGUGCGCGACGACAAUGGCGGGUAUUGGUGUGCUGUGUCUGCCGCGACGGCCGACCUUGGACUUCUGGGUGUCACUUUUUCCCUUUUUUUUUUCACUUUUUCAUUGUUCACCUCGACUCCCCUACUCUCUGCGAAUCCAGGCAUGCGAAGGGUCGAUUACGGCGUUGGCGGAACGGGUGUGUAUUCGGGACACUGGGCAGAUUGAGUGCAGAUACGAAAGUAGGCCAGGACACCAUAGAUUGCCGCGGCAAAUUAACACGCCAUGCGUCGUGUGUUUGACAAGACGUGGAG